CUAUCGUGCUAUACUGCCACAGAUGUUUAAUUUCGUACAUGGUAUCGGAUUGGACAGCUGAUGUGGCAUAUGUAAUGCUGUGGGGUAAGCUUGUCACUUGCGAGACCUCAGCGGUUUUGACUUGACUGAAAUAUGCUGCAAGCCAUUAUAAGCACUCGGUUGUAUGCCAUGUAUCAGCGAUCCAGAAAAAUGCUGAUAUUCCUCAUUGUCACCUUCCUGGCUGUCAGCACUUUUAACGGAGUGGCCAUGGUAAUGACGACGACGCAGUUUUCAGGGGAGGAAUUCAUUCUCUCCGGCACUUAUCUGUGCCACAUUGACUAUGCAAAAGAUAGCCCACUUCUUACCUCUGCUGCUUGGAUACUCGGCACCGCGUGGGAGGUCGUCGCGCUAUGUCUCGCAGUCUGGAUCGCAGUACAACACUUCCGUGAACUGCGACAACAUUCGGCAGGAGGGGUUGUUGUAAGGGACUGUUUCACGGUGUUGAUAAAAAGUCACGUGGUUCACUUUGCGAGCUUUGUUGUUGUUUCUUGCUUCACGCUCGUCCUUGAGUUUACUCCAAUAUCCUCAGAGGAGAAUCCCCUGGACGCGUACUAUAUUAUUUCUGGGAUUCUUCAGAUUCUCGAGGUCGUGCAGAUGUGUGUGCUGGGACCGCGCCUGAUCCUUGGCGUUCGAGAAUACCACGCUAAGCUCGUGGCCGAUGCCGACGCAGCAACUGCUAUGACCUCAAUCGCUUUCCAGGAGCGUGUGCAUAUAUCGACUGGCAGUGGUGUGUGAUACUUUGUGAAGUUGACAGUCGUCUGGUGCUGUAAGGAGCAGGAUAUUUAUUCCCACUUUCAUGAAGGUAUUAAUCGAAGUUAAUUAGUCGCCCGAUUUCAAGGAUACAUACAACGUUGUUGUAUUAUUUAAUCAAGUGAUUUGCUAUACGUGCUGACGUCGUUUAAAUCAAUAUCCUCAAUAUACUGGUACUAGCUACCCACCCACACUUGC